AUGGGCCCCCCACCUUUGCCAGGCGCGGAGCCGCUCAUGGUCAGGGCGGCUCGUGGAGAGGAGCUGGAGCGUCCUCCAUGCUGGAUGAUGCGACAAGCGGGCCGGUACCAGAAGGCCUACCGCGACCUGGCCCUGCAGUACCCCUCCUUCCGCCAGCGGUCGGAGAACACCGACCUCAUCGUGGAUAUCAGCCUGCAGCCAUGGCACUCCUUCCGCCCCGACGGCGUCAUCAUUUUCAGUGACAUCCUCACCCCGCUGCCCGCUCUGGGCAUUCCCUUUGAGAUCGACGACAUCAAGGGCCCGCUCAUCGCCAACCCUGUGCGGAGCCAGGAGCAGGUGGACGCCCUGCGGUCGUUGGACACAGAUGCCGUGCACUUUGUGGGCGAGUCCCUGCGUGCACUUCGCGCGGAGGUGGCGCCCGAGGCCGCGGUGCUCGGGUUCGUGGGCUGCCCCUGGACCCUGGCCACGUACAUUGUGGAGGGCGCCAGCUCCUCCACCUACACCACCAUCAAGUCGAUGUGCUACACCGCGCCGCGCCUGCUGAACUCGCUGCUGAGCCACCUGGCAGACCAGAUCGCCGAGUACGCCAUCUACCAGGCCUCCUCAGGCGCAGACUGCAUCAUGCUCUUCGACUCCUGGGGAGGCCAGCUCCCCCCCAAGGCACGUUGGGAGUGGGAUGUGUGGAGCGCCCCCUACAUCCGGCGCCUGGUGUCCAAGUUCAAGGCCGUGCACCCCCUGGUCCCCGUGACCCUGUAUGCCAACGGCUCCGCCGGCCUGCUGGAGCGCCUGCCCUCCACCGGCGUGGACGUGGUGGGCCUGGACUGGACGGUGGACAUGGCCGACGCGCGGCGGCGGCUGGGCGCGCACGUGCCCGUGCAGGGCAAUGUGGACCCUGCCGUGCUGUUUGGGCCCGCCCGCGCGGUGGAGGCGGCGGUGGACGACUGCCUGGCCAAGGCCGGGGGCUCGGGGCAUGUGCUCAACCUGGGCCACGGCGUGCUGGUGGGCACGCCAGAGGAGAACGUGAAGCUCAUGUUCGACCUGUCCAAGCGGCCCCUGGCAGGGCGGGGGGGGAGGGGGCAGGGCCUGCCAGCCGCCGCCGCGGGCUCGCUGCGCGGCUGA